GUGUGGCGCUACCGCGCGGCCGAGCUGUCGGAGCCGGCGGCGGGCGGCGGGGGCGGUGUCGGGCUCGGCGCCGUGAUGCGGCUGUGCUGCAGGCAUCGGAGCGAGCUGCAGCAGCUGUACCUGAUCAAGGGCGAGGACUCGACGGCCGUGAGCGGCAAGGACGACCAGCUGGCGGUCCUUACCGAGCUCACCUGCGAGAGCGCCCCCGGGUGCGACAAGCUCGGGUCAUCGUUGGACGGAGGCUUCUUGAGGGUGGAGGGCACCGUCGGCUCGCAGAACCCCCCGCUGUACUUUCAGGAGCAGGCGGUCUACCACUGCGACUCCCACAAGGCGGCGCCGCGCUGCGGCCAGGGCGAGCACGUCGCCACGCUCCGGCUGUCGACCUGCAACGUCAACAUCGGGGCGACGGGCAAGGCCGUGGAGGCCGUCAAGUUCGAGAGCCCCAGGAGGAAGUACCACACGCGGAGCACCUGGACAAGCUGA